AUGCCUUCCCCUUCAGCAACUAAUACAAACGACAUUGUGAACACAGGAGCCGCUGUUCCCAUAACCCCUCAUUCUGAAGCCUCAGCCACAACACACGAACCAGGUCUCUCAAAAGAACAGGCAAAAGCUCGCUCCGGCGGCUUAAGAUUCACAUUGCGAACACCGUUUGAAGAUAAAUAUGCAGAGAGGGAAUAUCAGAAGGGGAGAUUAGUGUUGGCGUUUAGGAUUUUUGCAAAAUUGGGGUAUGAUGAGGGAGUUGCGGGACAUAUUACUUUGAGGGAUCCUGUUGAUCCAACUAGUUUUUGGGUUAAUCCAUUUGGAGUAGCAUGGCCACUUCUUCGAGCUUCGGAUUUAAUCCUCGUUAAUAAAGAUGGGGAAGUAGUAGAAGGUGGUCCAUGUCGAUUACUCAACACAGCUGCCUACAUGAUCCACCACGCAGUCCACACAGCCCGCCCAGAAAUAAACGCAGUAGCGCAUUCCCACUCUCUCUACGGACGAGCCUUCUGUGCCCUCGGUCGUCCCCUCGACACCAUUACACAAGAUUCCUGCGCCUUUCACAACGACCUAGCACUCUACUCCUCAUUCCGGGGCAUCGUUCUCGCCUCCGAAGAAGGCCACGCUAUAGCUUCCGCCCUGGGCUCCAAAAAAGCCGCACUCCUUCAAAAUCAUGGUUUACUUACCUGUGGAGAAUCAAUCGAGAGUGCCGUAUUUUGGUUCACCAGUUUGGAGAAAUGCUGUCAUGCGCAAUUAUUGGCUGAUGCGGCGGCGGGGGGAAGAGGUGGGGAAACUAUUAAGAUCGAGGAUGAGGAUGCGGCGUUUACUUUUAAGGCGAUUGGGACGGAGCGCGCGGGGUAUUUUAGUGCGAAACCUGCUUUUGAUAUGAUGGAGCAUGAGAGCGGGACGGAUUAUAAGUGGUGA